UACACACACACACACACACACACACACUUUGCCAGACUUCCAGGAGUUGGAGCGACAGAGUUCGAGGACGGCACUGCUUCAGCGUUAAAGAAAGGAAAGCACGUAACAUAAUAUUCUGCCUCCCACAUGGAUUUGUUUUCUUCUCUUCGGCUUUUUCACGGAGCUGCGAUGGUCUGCGCGGCCGGGGAGUUCGGAGUCUCGCUCGGGAGCGAAAGAGCAAACGCACUCUUCGCUGCAAAGUUGUAAAAGUAGUUUCUCCCCCCUUGAAGAUUUUUUUUUUCUCUCUUUUAAUUUUCCGCCACCAGUUGGGACUCCGUGUUUCUCCGGUCUGCAGAGCCACAGCCAUCAUGGCGAGGCGGACUGCGGGGGGAUCCGUGGCUCUGACGCCGAGUCCGCGCGCUGCUCUGCGGGAGAAGCGGCUCGAGUUUCACCGAGGCUUGUCGUCCUUUUCCUGGAUCUUGGUUUUAAUCUGCUCGGCUCUUUCUUGUGGAUACUGCGGAGCUGAAAGUGAGUUUUCCAUCCUGGAGGAAGCGCAAGUCUUGGCCGAUCAAAUGAAGAAGCUGUCCUCGCAGGAGCUGGGAGUCUUCACCAUGCAGAGGAUUUUCAACUCGUUCGUGUACACAGAGAAGACAUCAAACGGAGAGACGGAAGUGCAGCAGUUGGCCAAGAAGAUUCGGGAGAAGUUCAACCGCUACCUGGAUGUAGUGAACAGGAACAAACAGGUGGUGGAAGCCUCGUACACCGCCCACCUUACCUCUCCUCUCACUGCAAUACAGGACUGCUGCUCCAUACCAGCUUCAAUGAUGGAGUUUGACGGGAACUUCAACACCAACGUCUCCAAGACCAUUUGCUGCGAUCGACUUUCGCCCACUGUCAACAGCCGAGCUUUCAACCCCGGACGAGACCUCAACUCAGUGUUGGCUGACAACCUGAAGUCCAACCCCGGGAUUAAAUGGCAGUACUUCAGCUCAGAGGAGGGCAUCUUCACCGUCUUCCCUGCUCACAAGUUCCACUGCAAAGGAAGCUACGAGCACCGCAGCAGGCCCGUGUAUGUGUCUGCAGUGCGACCCCAGUCUAAACACAUCGUGGUGAUGGUCGACCAUGGAGCGUCCAUAACUGAUACGCAGCUUCAGAUCGCCAGAGACUCUGCACUUGUCAUCCUUAACUCCGUAGACGAGCACGACAAGAUCUCCAUCCUGUCGGUGGCAGAGACGGUUCGUUCCUGUUCCCUGGACCAGUGCUAUAAGAGUCUGCUGUCACCAGCCACCAGUGAGACCAAGAGGAAGAUGAGCACCUUCGUCUCCAACAUCAAGGCUUCAGAUGGAGCCACGCACCACGCAGCGGGUUUCCAGAAGGCCUUCCAGCUGCUCCGAAACACCACGAGCCUCAGCAAACACAGCACCACAACAGACAUGGUGAUCAUCUACCUGUCAUCCGGCAUCACGUCCCGAGACUCAUCGGAGCAGGAGAAGAGGGCGACGCUCAGCGUGGUCAGAGAGGAGAAUCGGCACCUUAACAACUCCGUCAUGAUCCUCACCUACGCUCUCAUGAACGAGGGAGUAACUGGCCUGAAGGAGUUGGCGUUCCUCAGGGACCUGGCCGAGCAGAAUUCUGUCAAGUAUGGCGUCGACAGAGCAGCAGAUCGCGACCGCUCCUCUAUGACUUCAUCGUCCGGUUCAGGAGCUUCAGCGAUUCCCGUGGUGAAGGGAAGCAUGAUGGUUCUGAACCAACUGAGCAACUUGGAGACAACAGUUGGUCGCUUCUAUAUCAACCUUCCCAACCGCAUGAUCGACCUGGCCCGCUUCAGUCUGCCCUACUCUGAUCCGAUGGGAGACGGCUUUAUUAUGACUGUAAGUCGGCCGUGCUACUUCGGUAACAUGCUGCUGGGCGUCGUCGGGGUGGAUGUGAACCUGGCCUACAUCUUAGAGGAUGUCACUUACUACCAGGACUCACUGGCUUCAUACACCUUCCUCAUUGACAACAAAGGUUACACCCUGAUGCACCCGUCGCUGACUCGACCCUACCUGAUGACUGAACCUCCCCUUCACACAGACAUCAUCCACUACGAGAAUAUCCCAGGAUUCCCUGUUGUCCGACAGAACAUCCUCAGCCUCCCUCUGGGCAGUCAGGUCAUUGCUGUUCCAGUGAACUCGUCUCUGUCCUGGCACACCAACCGACUCAGAGACAACAGCAAAGACGCGUAUAAUGUCAGCUACGCCUGGAAACUGGUUCAGGACACAUCGUUCAUCCUGUGCAUCGUGUACGUGCAGCCUGAGAUCCCAGUGAAGCAGCUGAAGAACCUGAACACGGCUCCCAGCUCCAAGCUGCUCUACCACCGCCUGGACCUGCUGGGUCAGCCCAGUUCCUGCCUGCACUUCAAGCAGCUCGCCACCGUUGAGUCCCCCACUGUGAUGUUGGCAGCUGGUAGUUUCUCCUCUCCGUAUGAACACCUCAGUCAGCCUGAAACAAAGCGUAUGGUGGAGCACUACACCGCCUACCUGAGUGACAACACCAGGCUCAUAGCUAACCCAGGCCUCAAGUCCUCUGUCAGGAACGAGGUUAUGGCGACCAGUCAUGUCACGGAUGAGUGGAUGACACUAAUGGAAAUGAGUAGCCUCAACUGCUACAUUGUGCGCCGUUACAUAGCAACCCCCAGUGGGGUGCUCCGGAUUUACCCAGGAUCACUGAUGGACAAAGCCUUCGACCCGACCCGCAGACAAUGGUACCAGCACGCCGUGGCUAACCCUGGCCUCAUCACCUUCACGGGGCCAUACCUGGAUGUGGGCGGGGCAGGAUAUGUCGUCACAAUUAGUCACACCAUCCAUGCGUCUAGCUCACUGUCGGCGCCUGGUUACGCCGUAGCAGUGAUGGGCAUCGACUUCACCCUCCGCUACUUCUACAAAGUCCUCCUCGACCUGUUGCCCGUCUGCAACCAGGACAAAGGCAACAAGCUCAGGUGUUUCAUUAUGGAGGACAGAGGAUACUUGGUAGCACAUCCCACUCUCAUUGACCCAAAAGGUCAUGCCCCUGCUGAGCAACAGCACAUCACACACAAGGAGCCGCUGGUGGCCAACGACAUCCUGAAUCAUCCCAAUUUUGUCAAGAAAAACCUGUGCAACAGCUUCAGUGACCGCACUGUGCAGCGCUUCUACAAGUUCAACACCAGCAUCAUGGGUGAUCUCACUAACCUGGUCCAUGGUAGCCAUUGUUCCAAGUAUCGCCUGAUCCGAAUCCCCGGCACCAACGCUUUCGCUGGCAUCGUCAACGAGACAUGUGACUCUCUGGCAUUCUGCGCCUGCAGCACCGUGGACCGGCUCUGCCUCAACUGCCACAGAAUGGAGCAGAAUGAGUGCGAGUGUCCCUGUGAGUGCCCUCUAGAGGUCAACGAGUGCACAGGCAACCUCACCAACGCUGAGAACAGGAAUCCCAGUUGUGAAGUGCACCAGGAGCCGGUCAGUCUGAAUGUGAUUGAUCCCAGUCUGCAUGAUACCCUGCCUCAGUGCAUCAACACGCGCUGUAGCCAGAGAUACACCAGCAGUGACUGUUUCGGUGUGUUGGACUGCGAGUGGUGCAUGGUGGACAGCGAUGGGAAGACUCACCUGGACAAGCCCUACUGUGCCCUGCAGAAAGAGUGUUUCGGAGGCAUUGUUGGUGCAAAGAGCCCAUACGCGGACGGCCUAGGGCUCGUCGAUGAGGAGGUUGCUUCUCUGAAUAUGAUCAAGAGCGCCCCCGUGGGUCCAGUUGCUGGGGGCAUUAUGGGAUGUAUCAUGGUGUUGGUGCUGGCUGUGUAUGCAUACAGACACCAAAUCCACAGGCGGUCGCAUCAGCACAUGUCGCCACUGGCGGCUCAGGAAAUGUCGGUGAGAAUGUCGAACCUGGAUAACGAAAGAGACGAGCGGGAUGAAGACAGCCACGAGGACAGAGGGAUCAUCAGUAACACUAGAUUUAUAGCUGCGGUGAUUGAGAGACACACACACACUCCUGAACGGAGACGGCGGUACUGGGGACGAUCUGGGACGGAGAGUGACCACGGUUAUAGCACCAUGAGUCCGCAGGAGGACAGCGAGAAUCCACCGGGAAACAACGACCCGCUGUCGGCCGGCGUGGACGUCGGCAACCACGAUGACGACCUGGACCUGGACACGCCCCCCCAAACGGCUGCGUUGCUCAGCCACAAGUUCCACCCGUACCGACACACGCACUCGCACCACCACCCACUGCACACGCACCACCUGCAGGCGGCGGUCACCGUGCACAGUGUGGACGCAGAGUGCUGAUCCCCCGGCCAAUGGUGGAACUUUUAUUUUUUUACGAGAAAAAAAGAGACUAUUUUUAAAAAGAAAAGAACGUUGGGCUUGUUUACACAGUGGGUACUGUUAAGGAUGGAGGGGAGGAAGAGAGAUUCCACAGCUGGACUUAAACCCACACUUGGAGCUGAGACACUGGGACCUCCGUGUCAGAUUGUGUGCGUAUUUUUCGCCCACGUUCGCUUUGUGCCAACAUCUCAACCUUCAACGAGGAACUGGAAGCCUGAACGCCUGUAACAUGGAAGGCCAACAUGGAUCCGUGGACUUGUGUCCUCUCCAAACUCCAUGCAUCUGUGAAAAUUGCUCCCUGAAGAGUGAAAUUAUUAACUUUCCAACACUUAACCCUGGAUCUAAUAUGGGAUUAUAUCAUGGAUUCUACAGUAGCUUUACUCUCCAGAUAAACAUGCCAUUUUUAUUUUUAUUUUUUGUUGCCUUGACCUAAAGGAGUAGCUGCUGCUCUUAGGUGAAGUGGGAAGAGAUUUUUGAACAUUUUCACAAAAUCUCUGUGAACUCGUAGUCGGCGAACGCUUCACAUAAACACAGGAAGAAACACUUAAAAAAAAAAAAGAGGAAAAAGUUAUUUUUCUACUAUUUAUUAAAGGGGUAGACAGAUAAGCAAGCAGCUGCCGCAGACACAAGCAAGUCAGUGUCACGAGAUAUAGACUUCCUGCCAAUCAGUGCAUCACAGUUGGGGCGGGUCAGUCUCUGUUUUUAACUCCCUUAAGAAGCUGAAUGUUCAUUGUUAUUUAGACACGUUGAGAAACAUGGAAGAACUGGAUAUUGACGAUGAAUAACGAGUAGCUAAUUUUUUUUUUGCUUCCCUUUUUCUUUCCACCUUCUGUACCCAUAAUGUUUAACUGUGCAGUAAAGCUGAUACGAGUUAAAAGCACAUCUCAGUGUCUUAGUUUUAGCCUUUACCUCAUCCACAGCGUUGGAGUGAUGUAGUCUUUGACAUGUAGACGUGCACAUUUAGUUGGAUUUAGUUGUUUUUUUUUAGCAGAAACUGACAGCAUUCACUGUGGACAUGUCGUCUGUGUCAGGAGACAGAACUUCAGAUGCUCGCCGGACUUUUUAAAGCCUCCUCGAGACAAGAGAAGGAAGGGAAGAUAGAAACUAACAUUCCUGGCUUUAGUCAGCGCUGGGGAUUUGGUGUGUGAGGAUAAUUGGGGGGACGGUUUCAGAGUUUCA